AUGAGUUCUGAAUUUAGCUAAUUCUGCUAAUAAGUAAGCAGCCAACUUAGUGGUUUGGCUACACUUUUCCAAAAGUUUGGCAAGUCUGGAGCUGCUGACGCUAAGCCUGCAGUUUCUAAUAACAAGUCCACCGAUGAUAAGAAAAAGAAAAAGAAGGAAAAGAAGGACCCAAACGCCCCCAAAAAGCCAAUGUCUGCCUAUCUCAUAUUCUGCUAAACUAGAUAACCAGAAAUUAAGGCUAAAAACCCUGACCUUUCUUUCUCUGAAAUUUCUAAGGUUGUAGGUUAAGAAUGGAGAGACUUGAGUUAAGAUAAAAAGCAAGGUUACAUAAAAAAAGAAGAGUAACUCAAAAAAGAGUAUAAUUCUAAGCUUGCUGAGUUCAAUAAAAAAAAUAAUGGUUCAACUUAAUCAUCAUCUACUGCUCCUUCUACUUCAUAAAGUGAAGAAUAAAAGAAAAGCAAGGCCAAGAAGAAAUAAGAAAAGAAGGCUAAAGAAGCAAAGGCCAAAGCAGCUUCUGCUGUUGUUUAAAAACCAAGUAAAGCUGAUUCUGAUGAAAGUGACGAUGAUUCAUCUGAAGAAGUAAAACCAGUAGCUAAAGCCAAGGUUGCUACCUCUACUACUGAAAGCUCUAAAGCUUCAAAGGAUAAGAAGGUAGCCGUAUCUAAGAAAGCUGAAGAAGAACAAGAAAAGAAAUCUUCUAAGAAAGUAGUUGCUAAGCCUGCUUCUUCUUCCAGUAGUGAUGAAAGUGAUGAUUCUGAUGAUUCAGAACCUGUUAAAGUUAAAAAGGUUAAAAAUUGA